CCUGUGCCUCCAGGAAGGAACAUGAUGCUGCUUGCUCUUUGUCUACCCCUAGGAGAUGCUGCCGGUGCGGAUCUGCCAGCUGCCAAGCCCAGUCCCUUAACUUUAUCCACACCUGCUUGCAACCUAGGGAGAACAGGUGUUACGUUCUCCUUCUGAUAUCCCCGUGGUCCCAUAGCUUUUCCCAUAGCUGCUUCAGGAAAGUGGGAUCUUCGAAGCAGAAAGACAGUGGGGCUACCCGAAAUGCAAAAGCCAGACUCCACGCUCCAGAGUCCACGCAUUACCAUGUCUGGAGAGUACCAGGGCCGGCAGCUCCUCCUCACCCCGAACAUGGCCAUGCUUGACCACACCAGUUCAGCCGAGGUGAAGGCAGAAAAGGAGGAAUCUGAGAACACCAAGAAGUUGAGUGAGAAGUGGAACAGAGCAGGAGACAUCCUUCCAGCAGUGCUGCCCAACCAAGCAACUUCCUGUUCAUCGCCACCUGAACGGUUGGAGGUUGGGAGAGGGCAACACAGAGUGACCCAGCGCUGGGAAGAACAGUGCCGGGAAAGUCUACGGGCCACCCCAGACAGUGUGUCUGCCUCAGACUACGUAUCCUCUUGCCAGCUGCUUGAGUUGACACUUGAGGACGACGUUGAGGCCUACUUGGCCACCUUCGAGCGAGUGGCUGGCAUCUGCCAAUGGCCCAGAGGGGAAUGGGUGGCUCACCUCGUCCCUUCUCUGAGCGGCAAAGCCCUACAGGCCUACAGCAGCUUGGACAUCAGAGAUGCUGGAGACUACGGGAAGGUCAAGGCUGCCAUCCUUCAGGGCUGUGACAUCAGCACGGAGAUGCAGCGCCUGCACUUCCGGCAAUUCCGUUACCAAGAGGCUGAGGGACCCCGUGAGGUGUGCAGCCAGCUUCGGGAGCUGUGCUGCCAUUGGCUGAGGCCAGGGCGCCGCACGAAGGAGCAGAUUCUGGAGCUGCUGGUCCUGGAGCAGUUCCUGAUGAUCCUCCCAGAAGAAAUCCAGAGCUGGGUUUGGGUCCGACAUCCAGAGAGCUGUGCCCAGGCCGUGGCUCUGGCAGAGGAGUGCCAACGGAGGCAACAAGAUCCGGGGAUGUGGGAGCAGCAGGUGACAGUAAGUGUUAAAGUUGAAGAUGUGGAGACCCCCGCAGCCUUAUCUGAACCGCAGCCACUCCCUCAGCUCAUGCCCCAGGCAAGGCCAAUGAAGAACCAGCGCAAGUGCUCUGCAGGCCUUGGGAAGGACUCUUGGAUGCUACAAGACGCAGCAGGGGAGAAGAUUCUUCAGGGAGCUGCAGGGUCACCAACGGAUGAAAAUAAUAUGGCUCUUUCAAGAGUUCUACAAGGGGCUUUGAGAGAGAAGUCUGUCCAGGGAGAAGAACAGGAAGGACUUGGAAAGAAUCCACAAGGAAAUCCAGUCACAAACCUGCAGCAGUGUCUGCAGGGGAGACCUGAGAGUACAGGUGACCUGAGGAAGAACGGAUGCCCCAUUUUUGUGAGAGAUAAGCCCCACAAAUGCAGGGACUGCGGGGAAAGCUUUUGGGAGAAGCAGGAGCUGACAGCUCAUGGGCGAAUGCAUGAGAAGGACCGGCCGUACCCCUGCGCCGAGUGUGGGAAAAGUUUCAGCCGGCUGACACAUCUGAAGACACACCAGAGGACGCACACGGGGCUCAAGCCAUACACCUGCGGGGAGUGUGGGAAGAACUUUGGCCACCUCUCCACCCUGACCACACACCAGAGACUCCAUACUGGGGAGAGGCCUUACUCUUGUGACGAGUGCGGGAAGACCUUCACGAACCCCUCGGACUUGAACAAACAUCAGCGGUCGCACACAGGGGAGCGGCCGUACCCUUGUGGGGAAUGCGGAAAGCGGUUCAGUCAGCUGUCCAAUCUGACCAUGCAUUAUAGGAGCCACACCGAAGACAGGCCUUACCCUUGUGGGGAGUGCGGCAAGAGCUUCAAAUACCUGGCUGACCUCACCGUCCAUGAGAGGAAGCACACAGGCGAGAGACCUUUUCCUUGUCCUCAGUGUGGGAAAUGUUUCAGCAACAAGUCCUCCCUGGCAAGACACCAGAGAAUCCACACCAGAGCCUCAGCCCACAGCAAGUGAGCAUCGUCCCAGGUGGAGGGUCCACCUCAGCCUAGUACUGUAUAUAUAAUAACAUGAAGUCUAAACCGAACAAGGGGAUCAUAGCACAAUCUCACUGGAAGGGAAGAAGACCACUUCCAAAGGAAUUGCCACUUGUAAAGAAGGAACUGGGGUAGUUUCUUUGCGUCUGGCACUAGUAAAGAAGAUAGUGCAGAGGUAGGCAACCUUGGCUCUCCAGCUCUUGUUGAACUACAACUCCCAUCACCUCCAGCCACAACACAUUGUGACUGAGGAUGGGAGUUGUAGUUCAACAAUAGCUGGAGAGCAAGGGUUGGCUGCCCCUGAGACAGAAGAUGAAGGGCUACAGAACACUCAAAAGUGGGGAACAGAAUGGGACAGAACUUGCUGUGGAAGUAGAUGCUAUAGGAACCCACAUCUAGGGGCAUCACAAAACUAGAAUUCAGGAUCCUGUUAAGGCAGGAGUUCUCAAACUUGGGUCCCCAGGUGUCUUUGCCGAAGGCUGGGAAUGGUGGAAGAUGUCGCCCAGCAACAUCUGGGGACCCAAGUUUGACAGCCCCUGUCAUAAGGCUUUUGCACCUUGUGCUGCGUCCUGCCAAAACUCCAAACAAGACUUCUUGGCUUUGUUUCUGGCCCUGCUUGCAAUAAUGUCUGGCAUCUAGAGUAAGUUGCUCAGUAAUACUACUCGGGAGUUACUCUAAAGCAGGGAUUCUCAAUGUUGGGUCCCCAGAUAUUUUGGACUUCAACUCCCAUAAUCCCCAGUCCCAGUGGCCUUUGGUUGGGGUUUAUGGGAGUUGAAGUCCAAAAACAUCUGAUGACCCAACGUCGAGAAUCCCUGCUCUAAAGGAUUACUCAAUUUCAAUAGGACUUCUACUGAGUAAUUUAGGCAGGAUGUCACCCAACAUUUUUUUAAAAUGACAUGAGUGAGAUGACUUUAAUCAUUUUUUGUCCUUCAUGCUAGCAAACCUGAAGCUGGAAGAUAGGAUUGGUUACAUCUACCCCCUUGAACAGAGGUUCCCAACCAGUGUUCUCUCUAACAGGGAUUCCCAGAUGUUGUUGACUACAACUCCCAGAAUCCCCAGCUGCAAUGACUUUUGCAUGGGGAUUAUGGGAGUUGUAGUCAUAAGAACAUAAGAAUAGUCCUGCUGGAUCAGGCCCAAGGCCCAUCUAGUCCAGCAUCCUGUUUCGCACAGUGGCCCACCAGAUGCCGCUGGAAGCCACAGGCAGGAGUUGAGGGCAUGCCCCCUCUCCUGCUGUCACUCCCCUGCAACUGGUACUCAGAGGCAUCCUGCCUUUGAGACUGGAGGUGGCCUAUAGCCCUCCAGCUAGUAGCCGAUGAUGGACUUCUCCUCCAUGAAGUUAUCCAAACCCCUCUUAAAGCCAUCCAGGUUGUUGGCUGUCAGCACAUCUUGUGGUAGAGAAUUCCACAAGUUGAUUAUGCAUUGUGUGAAAAAGUACUUCCGUUUGUUGGUCCUAGAUUUCCUGGCAGUCAGUUUCAUGGGAUGACCCAAUAGCAUCUGGGAAUCCCUGUUAGAGGGAACACUGUUCCCACCCCUGUGGUCCUCCAGAUGUUUCUGAACUACAACUCCCAUCAUCCCCAGCCACAAUUUAUUUUGAUGGGGGGGAUGGGCACAGUAGUUCAGCAACAUCUGGCGGACAACAGGUUGGGAACCCUUGCCCUAGACAUUUAAAAGUGGCCUCACACCUCAAGUCCCAUUAUUUUCUGCCUAAAGGGUUCUUCCCUCCUGCAAAGCUCUGCUACCCCAUCCAGCAGAUUUUGAGUUCCCUUCCUCUUAGCACAACUCUCUGACUCAGCAGGAUUGGACGAGAGGGACAUAGGAAGCUGCCUUAUACAAAGUCAGGCCAUUGGUCCAUCUAGCUCAGUAUUGUCUACACCAGGGAUUCUCAACAUUGGGUCCCCAGAUGUUUUUGGACUUCAACUAGAGCUCCCACCGUCCCUAGUCGCAAUCACCUUUGGGAUGAUGGGAGUUGUACACCACCAUCUUGUGGGGAUCCAAAAUUAAGAAACCUACAGGCAGCAGGCUUGGUGCCAGUUAGAAUCCUCCCAAGUCAAGCACUGAUGCCAGGUCUGGCUGCCUUGGCUUCCUCAUUGGUGAAGGAAGCAAUCAAACCCUUCCCGGAAGCACCGGAUCUUCAGACUGUAAUCCAGGAGCAGAUAAAUAUCUUAGAGCAGGCCAGGGCUGUAGCUGCCCCACAGACAGAUAGCAGCUGUAGCUCAGUAUAUUCAGAAUGUGUCUGGGGCUGGUGCCCUGAGUGUCCACAACAUGCUCAUCUAUUCUGCUUUCCCCCACUCAAAAAGAUCAUAAAAUGAGACCAAAGGUGGAUCGAGUCUAGGAUUCUGCUUCCAGUAAUGGCCAGCUCUUGGGAGCUCACGAGCAUGGUAACUGCCCUCCUGUUGGUCCCUCGCAUCUGAUAGUCUGAUCAUGGUCAAAUAUACAACCAUUGAACAUGCAGAUUUCAUUCAGUUAUCAUGACUGAUCAGCAUUCUUCCCCAAAGGAAUUCUAACUGACAUGCACCAUGUAUCUUUUUUAACCCCACGACACUGGAACACAGAGCAUAGGAUGCUGCCUUAUAUCAAGUCAGACCAUCUAGCUCGUGAUUGUCUACACCAGGGAUCCUCAACAUUGGGUCCCCAGAUGUUGUUGGGACUUCAGCUCCCAUAAUCCCCCAGCCCCAGUGGCCUUUGGUUAGGGAUUAUGGGAGUUGAAGUCCAAGAACAUCUGGGGACCCGACGUUGAGAAAUCCUGGUCUACACUGACUGGCAGCAGCUCUCCAAGAUUACAGGCAAGAGUCUUUCCCUGCCCUACCUGGAGAUCCAGGGAUUGAUCAUGGGACUUUCUGCAUGCAAUGCAAAUACUCUACCACUGAGCAAUGGCCUUGUCCAUCAAUAGGAACCCUGUGAAGUGGAAUAGCUGUGAGGGAAGUCCUGUUCAGAUGUUAUAUUGUACCUGCAUUGAGAUAUCUGUAUACAGGUGCAUGUUUUUGUGUGAAUGGCUGUACCUGCAUUCCUCUUAAAAGUGAACUGGGGUAGAGGUCCCUCAAAUGCAGAUACCAAUAGGAAGUGUGUUGCUGUACCUGUGUUCAACAUAACAUGGACCUGUGUAUACUAUUAACAGUUGUAUGAAUACUGAACAUAGUAUGUGAGAAGGCCUCGAGUGACUCACCAAAGGACACUGGUGAGCUUCUUAGCUGAACAAAGAGGAGCCUGCAUUUGCCAAAUCUAAGAAUGUUUUAUUCCCAUCUCUAGCAAAUGGAAAGUAUGCUUUCUGAUCCCAACCAAAACAUCUCCCACUCUCAAGUUUACCUUUGGGAAUUUCCUCAUGAAUCACAAUAUUACACCCUGACUUCUCAAAAGCUUUCCCCCCAUUCUUUACUAAACUCAUAGUAGCUUCCAGCUUUACCAAGGGCAGUCUCCUGGAAACAGAAUCAUUAAGACUGUAAGACUUCACUUCGUGGCAUGAGCUUGAAAUAAGUGAACCGCACCUCCUGUUUUUACAAUAAAAGUGAUUUAUUCAAUAGAAAAGUUUGAAUUAACAAAAGAUGGGUCUAAAAUGCUCCAAAAAAGAUUAGCCCCAAAGGAACUGAUGCUGCUUUAAAAACAGUGCUGAAAGGGGCUGCAAUGUGGCUCAGAAAGCAGAGUGGUGGGGAGUGGCUAAGGAUGUGGUAGCUGUGGCCCAAUACAGUUGGGAAAGGAAAAACAGGAAAGCCAAAGGAAUGGCUUAAGACUGGCAGCAGAGCCUCUUUGUAAUCAGGGUUAUGGGUAUG